AUGGAUCCAGACGAACCGCUCUCGGCACCCAUCAUCAAGCGACGCAACCUCAAAGGCGUACGACCGUCCUCCUCGUCGUCGUCGUCACUUCGUUCUUGGCGCGGCGCUCAAGUGUCUGACCCACGUCCGGAUCAGGCUGGCUCCGAUCCGACGACGACCGGCUUGGCCACGGUCACUCCCAACACGACGAUGGAGGUUGGUAGCAGUACCCUCGAUGAUGGGGAGGAGGAUGCGGUCGUGUUCCGGAGGACCAAGAACAAAAAGACGCCUCGAGGGGCCGUCUUGGCAGCGUCGACCAAGCCGCCGAUCAAGUCGAGCCUCAGGAUAGCGCUCUCGAUCGCCGACGAGGUACGUUCACACCCCCCAACUAAACUCGUGCUCGACUCGAUCGUGGGCUGAUUCGUGCUUGCCCCCAACCUAGGAUGAAGAAGCCGAUUCGUUCGUGCUCACCAAACGAACGCCGUCCUCCUCGUCCAGUACAGCCGCACGAAAACUCCUCUCCGUACCCGACCUUCGCACGACCCACACGACCCAAGCCGCCCUUCCUUCCAACCUCGACCAAGCGACCUUGUCCCCACAGAAACCAUCCUUGUCCUCGGUUUAUUCGAGCGAAUACCUCCAAGAGCUGAAGAGCGCCACCUUGUCGACCCCACCACCGCCACCGCCACCACCGCCAGCCUCGACCUCGCACGACGACUUGACCCUUUCCAAAUUCGCUUCCCGUUUCGCCACUUCAGACGAUCGUCCGUUCAACUCGAUUCUCACUUCCCCACGCGCGCCGUGACUGACUUUCAACAACUCCUUCCCCCCCCCCCCCUUCCUCCUCCUCCUCCUCCUCCUCCUCACAGCCCACCCCGAAUCUUCACCGAUCCCGACCACAGCAGCGAUCGCCUCUGCCAAAGCCCGACGAGAACGUCUUCGUACCCAAGGACCGAGCGCUGAUUUCAUUUCCCUACAAAUCGCUUCCUCGAGUUCUUCGAAAACCGGAUCCCAAUCCCGCCUUGUUAGAGAAGACGAUGAUCUAGGUGAUGGGAUCGACCACAGGGCUGAUUUUGAAGGGUCUUUACCGUUGGGUAAGAAGGCUACGAUCGUCAAGAGGAGGGAGGAAAAGGAAGGUAUGAUGAGGUUGAUUGAUGAGGCCGAGGAGGAGAUGGAGGAAGAGGCCGAUGAUGAGGUGAGGGAGUGGGAGGAGAGGCAGUUGGCUAGGGUGAACGAGAGGAGGGGAGCGCAAGAGCACGUGCGGUGUUUUUUUUUGGCUUGGGGCUUGGGGGCGUGGUUCGGUGGUGGUUGAUGAUUUGACCUUGUUGAUGUACAGACCUCGACUCAACCGACUUACGUCCCUACGCCAAUCCCACAAACUUCAACCCUCCCAACCCUAUCCAACGUCCAAGCCCGCCUCUCAGCAGGUCUAAACACCCUCGAAUCAUCCCGAACACUCGACGUCGCCGCAUUGAACCAUUUCGAAAAAGAGAGGAACGAAUUGGACACGCAGGAAGGGGAACUACGCUCCGAGGCGAUAAGGAUCGAGCAGAAGAAUAGAUGGUUCAACGAUUUCGAGAACUUUAUCGAAGACGUCGCCGCGUUCUUGGAUGAGAAGGUCGGUUCGGGGGGUUUUGUUUUCGCGCGUGAAGUGCUGAGAUUGAUGUUCGUUUCUGAUGUUUUCUUUUUUUACAGUUUCCGGCUCUGGAAAAGAUCGAAAAGGAAAACUUGGCGAUCCAGAGAGAACGUUACGAGAUCGUCUCGAGGCGCAGGUUCGAGGACGAUUCGGAUGACGUUGCGCUCUUCACUGGAGCGAGCGUACCUUCAGCUUUCAGUUUGGAUCCCAAGGCCUCCGCAGAAGAUGAUGAGGACAAGGACGGGGAAGAGGAAGAAGUGGAUGAAAUGGGUCGAUCGACACGAAGAACGGAAGAUCGAUUCGGACCGCGAUCAGGAGCUCGUGUAGCUCGUCGCUCAGCUCGAGAACGUCGACUGGAAAAUCGAAAAGCGCUUUAUCAACCCAACGGAAUUGCCUCAACAGCCGAAGAAGACUCUGCGAUGUGGACCGACGACGAUCUCAUCUCCGCCGAUUCAGCCGACUUGGCUGACGCCUUGACCUCCCUCCAAGACCUCCGUAAGACGCUCUUCGAGGAUGUCAGAGUCGACGAUUUCAGGGAUCCGAAUUUGGGGAUCAGGAAGAAAUUUGAAGAGUGGAGGAGUACGUAUAGGGAGGAUUAUGAGAAUGCUUUUGGGGGGCUGGCCUUGGUCGGUGUUUGGGAGUUUUGGGCGAGGGUCGAGAUGGCGUUGUGGAAUCCCUUUGGGGUGCGUCCACUGCGGACAUUUGGAGAAUUUAAAACCGUAUGCUGACGUUCUGUUGGCGUGCGUUGAUCCAGAUUGAUCAAUUGGCCAGAACCCCGAGCGGACUAGAUUCCUACCAUUGGCACUCGAGUCUCACAGCCUUCGGCCACGCCUCCCACCCCCCCAACGGCGAAGCAGACGACGAUUCCCACAUGGACGAAGACGAUGCCCCUCCAGACGAAUCUGCCGAAGUCGUUAAUGCGUUGGUCACGUCGGUCGUGAUACCGAGGUUGAUCGCGUUGGCGAAAGCUUCGUAUGAUCCGUGGUCGAAGAAGCAGACGAUGAAGGCGUUGGCGUUGGUCGAUGAGGUUUCUUAUUGCGUCGAGACGACGAGUCCGAAAUUUGAAGUAAGAAUCGCGACCUUUCUCUGGGGUUCGGGAAAGAACCCCAAAAUUCUAACUCCUUCAUAUAUCUCAAUUGCGCAGUCCCUCGUCCAAGUCUUCCUCAACCGUCUCCAACUCGGCAUAACCCAAGCCUCGACGCUCAUCCUCCCGCAUCUGAACCAACUCAGUCUUCCCUCCAACGCCUUCGACCCCUCGACCUUUCUCGCUCGAGAACGCUUCCUCCUACGCCAACUCAAGCUCUUACAAAACGCUCAUAAAUGGAGGAGGUACGCGAGGAAUUAUAGAUUACCCCUUUCCACCGUUCCUUCAACGACGAUGACGGCUCCAUUCACCGAGAUUGGCUCAGGCGCGAGCUUUGAUGAAUUGCUGCAACGUGAUUUGGUAGCGAAGGUGAUGUUACCCGUUAUUGAGGCGAGUUGGUCGACGGGCGGCGAGAAGGUCGCGGGGAAGGUGUUGAUGGUUUUUCAGGAGGCGGAUUGGAUUCCGGCGUUGAGGAGGAGGCUGGAAGGGGGAGGAGAAUAA